CACCACACCCUCUUCACCAUCGGUUAAUCGUCGCGAAGCAUCGUUGAAUAAACCCAUAAACCUAUGCCCCCCAAGCACCUUCUCCUGUUUUCUCUCGCCACCCUCCAACACAACAUGGCUCCCGAUCUGUCCUGCUAGAUGCUCUUUGCUACCUCUUCUCCCUACUAAUCUCCUACUGAAAAACAAUAAACCCACGACACCCUUUGGAAUACUCGUACACGAAAAAAUACAUCAACACACUCUUCGGUUUGCGCACUCGGAUCCCAUACCACUCGGCCAGACGAGCUUGGCUAUUCACUCCUCUCACUCGCCCUCAGCACAAUUACUCCUCUCCCCUCACUCGCCUCCACCCGUCCUCAAAACGACAACCAACAAACACCAACAAACAACCCACCCAGCAUGUCGGUGGAUAGCGGCAACUCGUCGCCCUACAGCGAGAUCGCUACCGAGCCUCUGCCCGAAAACGAGCAGUUGCAGAUCCACGACUACAUGAACCGACGGUCCAUCUUCCUUAGCGACUUUGAGCGCUACAAUCCGGUGCAGAACAUGCAGAUGCUCGCGCACCACGUGUUUGAGCUCUCGGAAGGCGUCGGGCGCAUGAAGAACGACCUGACCGAGUCGCGCCGGAUGGUGGGCUUCGUCUCCGACAACCAGCGCCAGCACGACACGUCCAUCAGGCACGUCGGCUCCGAUCUCAACGUCGUCCAUCACAAGGUCGAUACCGUCGGCAACGCCCUCGGUGAAACCCGGGCAGAGCUCAAGAACGAUAUAGGCGGCCUGCGUGAAGACAUCAACAGCCUCAGGUCCGAGAUGCACAGCAUCCGUCAAGAAACUCAGCAGGGCAUCAUGGACCUGAAGCAGUUGCUCAUGAGUUUGGCUCCUUUGAGGGCAUAGGUCAGUGGCUGUCACAUCGUGCGGAAACAAUCAUCGUUCGUGAAGUUGAUCACAUAUCUUCGUUCGCAGCAUUGGAUCGGCGUUAUUUUUAUUUUUUGCAGCAUUUGACACGGUUCCCCUUUCUUUCGGUGUUUUUGGAUUUCGGGGAAUUCGAUUCGGCAACGCAAUCAUCCGCUAUUAUGCACACUUACUCUGAUGGGGAUUUUACACUAUACCAUCAUCACCAUCAUCAUCACCAU